AUGCCAUUGUCGAAUGUGGUAUCUGAAGAACAAAAUGGCAGCCUAAGUCAUGUGCAGCUAUUAAUAGAGGAGCUCUCCGAUGUUUCUAAAGCUUGGAAAAUUCGCGCAACCGACAAUGUUCUUUGGAAGAAGCAUUGUACAUCCGCCGAUUUUCUUUCAGACAUUCCUAAAUCCUUUAAACAUAACACUUUAUCCGCUGAUUACUAUUUCCAGCUUUAUAGACAUAAUGUUUUGGUUGAACAGAAUUGGGAGAAUUUUCAUUUCACACAAAACGUUUUCCAAGCUCACAAAGAAGGAAUCACGUGUAUAUCUGGUUCUGAAGAUUUGUUUUAUACCGGAUCUUUUGAUAAAUCGAUUAAAAUCUGGGAGCUACCUAGUAAAAAACUUUUAUCUACUUUAGAUCAUCAUUCUGAAGCUGUUCAAUGUUUGGCUUUAGGUAAAUCAAUAUUAGUAUCUGGUAGCUGGGAUAAAACAAUAAUUGUAUACGCUCUUGAUAAUAAUUAUUCAAUAAAACAUAGAUUGCGUGGUCAUCUGGCCGGUAUAAUUUCUUUGACUAUGAUGCCGGAUGAAACUUUAUUAUUUUCUGGUUCAGUAGAUAAAAUCAUACGCAUUUGGAAUUUACAAAACGGUGAAUGCUUACACAGGCUUGGUGGAAUUGGUGGAACAGUAGGCGCUUUAUCACUGAUUCCAAAAAAUCCUUCUCCCUCUUCUUCAAAUAACAUCAUUGAUCAUAAUGAAGAAAACGUUCAAUAUUAUUUAGUUUCUGGAUCAAAUGACAAUUCAAUUCUAGUUUGGGAUCUCUAUGAUGAUGAUGUUGACAAUGGCAAUGAUACUCAAAAACAAAAAUCCUCGUCAUCGGUCGAAAAUAUAUCAAUUAGGAAACCUCGAAUAAUUAAAAGAUUAGAAGGUCAUACCAGGGCCAUUACUUGCUUAACAUGGUAUAAAGAUACUUUGGAACAACAAAUCAAAUCAUUUGAUCAAGAAAAUUCUUAUUUAGAAGACAACCAUCACAAUGAUUUAGUUCACAUCAAUACAUCAAAAUUUAUAAGAUCCGAGUCAGCAUCACCAGGUGGUACCGAUAUUUCUGAAACUGGUCAAUUAAUUGGCAGUGCAAAAGAUCAUAAUGACAUAGUAUGGGAUCUUCAAUGUAAUUCAUCUAGACUUGUUUCCGUCUCUUCGGAUGGAUUUAUUAAAGUGCGAUCAUGGCAAAACUGUAAUGAUGAUAAUACUAACCCUUCAUCGUCAUCAUCAUCAAACACAAAUAUUUACAAUCGAAAAAGAAAUUAUAAUUUCCCACAAUCUUAUGAUCAUGAGAAAAUCCUUUUUGCUCCAGCUGCCGCUCUUGUUGAAGUUGAUUGUGGUAUCAAAUGCCUUUUAAUGACUCGCGAAUGGUUAAUUUGUGGAACGGAAGAUGGAAUUUUAAUCGCUUUAGAAUUUCUCAACCAAGAAGAAAAAGUAGAAAAACGAUCUAAAGCAGAAGUAGAUGAACUACUUCAAAAGAUAUAUGGCUUAGAAAUUUAG